CACACAUAUUGUCUGGUUAAAAAUUGCACAUAAAACAAGCAAAAGGCCGGGCGUGCCCGAUUAGUAGAUAACCUGAACCCAGCGCCAAGCUGUCGUCUAGCUCUUGUUGUGGAUGAGAUCGACGGACAGAUGGACGGACGGACAUGACAUCGACCCAGCUCGUCCUCGUGAUGAAGAAACUAUUUAUAUUUUGUUAUGGCUCUAGAACAACACAUGGCCAACUUUUGACAAUACGGGUCGCGCCCUAUCAGAACACCCGCUGUGUGCAGCCCAAAUAAAUGCAACUGCUGCCGCGUUGUCACAAGCCAAACGACAUGCAUUUGUCCGGACUAAUUGUCAUGUGCCUGCUGGCCAGCAGCACGUCAGCAGAUCACGCAGAGGAUCAGGAUCAACAGGAUGGCAAAAUAGUGAACGGCACGGCGGCGGCAAAGGGCGAGUUUCCCUACGCGGUGUCGCUGCGCCGCGCCAAAACGGGCCACCAUUCGUGCGGAGCCACAUUGUUGAACGCUGGCUGGGUGCUGACCGCGGCGCAUUGUGUGCGCAGCGCGACGCCGGAGCAGCUGAAUGUGCAAUAUGGCAGCAACACGAUCGAACGCAAUGCCAGCCAGCUGGCCUCGGUGGCGGCAAUACAUGUGCAUCCCGGCUAUGAGCCGCAGGACAAAUACAUCCACGACAUCGCACUGCUCCGGCUGAGGCAGUCUGUCGUUUUCAACGGCAGCGUGCAGCCCGUACGUUUGCCGGAUCCCCAACAGCAGACACGGGCCAACAGCAGCGCUGUGCUCGCAGGCUGGGGCCUGAAUGCGACUGGCGGCGUGGUGCAGCAGCAAUUGCAGAAGGUGCAGCUGCAGGUGUUCAGCGAUGAGGAGUGCAGUCGCCGCCAUCAGACGCAGCUGCACAGCAGUCAGUUAUGCGCCGGUGUACCCGAUGGCGGUCGUGGCCAGUGCAGCGGGGACUCGGGUGGCCCGCUGCUGCUCGCCGGCAUGGACACCCAAAUCGGCAUAGUCUCGUGGAGCAUAAAGCCCUGCGCACGACCGCCCUAUCCGGGCGUCUUUACCGAAGUGUCCGCCUAUGUGGACUGGAUUUUGCAGACGGUGGGCGCAGGCCCAGCCGCCGAUCCGCUUGCCUCCCAACUGUGGAUCGGACAGCUGAUUGUGGCGCGAGUGCCGCCGCCCCCUUUGCAGACAUAAAGGUUGU